AUACAGGGUCUUGCUCUGUUGACCAGACCGUGACCUCCUGGGUUCAAGCGAGGACUCAGCCUCCUGAGUAGCCGGGACUACAGAUUGGACGACUGAUUAUUGGACAGAAUGGCAUCUUGUCUACACCUGCGGUCUCCUGCAUUAUCAGGAAGAUCAAGGCAGCUGGUGGAAUCAUUCUAACAGCCAGCCACUGCCCUGGAGGACCAGGGGGAGAGUUUGGAGUGAAGUUUAAUGUUGCCAAUGGAGAUAUUGGUGGAGGCUUCAGUGGGAGAUGGCUUCACUGGAGAUAUUGCGAUUGAUGAUCUGUCAUUUAUGGACUGCACCCUCUACCCUGGUAAUUUGCCAGCAGACCUCCCAACUCCACCAGAAACGUCAGUUCCUGUAACAUUACCUCCACGCAACUGCACAGACAAUGAAUUUGUCUGCAUAUCUGAUGAUCACUGCAUCGAAAAAAUGCAGAAAUGUGAUUUUAAAUACGACUGCCCUGACAAAUCAGAUGAAGCAUCCUGUGGUAGGUGGAUUCUUAAAAUUUGUUUAAAUAUUGCCACAAAAUAGAAAAUACAAGUGUAAUCUCUAAGUAGCACAGCCUAGCAUCAUAGUUAGAUAUUUUCAACAUGAGUUAGGGCAACUUCUAAAUGUAACAGUUAUUCAUACAGAAAAUUGUAAUGGAAGAAUCAGAAUGCAUUUUCUGCCAGGCCCAGUAAGUGGUAAGUGUCUUUAGAUUAAUGUUUUGGAUUCAAAACUAUCGUUUUCACAAACUUUACUUGACUCUGGGAGUAGCAUUUAGUAGCUCUUUCCAUCCAUUCCCUUUGAUCUGUACUCCUGACACUAUAAAAUAGGGAAUGUUUAGGGAGGUAGCUUUAUAAUACUGUCAAAUUAAUUCAUUCAAAUUUUGCCAUUGCCAAAAUGCACAUACAACAUUAGUACUAUUAAAAUAUGCGGAGUUCAUGAGAAAACCUAUCUUAAUGCAAAUGAGACUUUUAUCCCCUGUGUCCUGGUUUUUACCUGCCAAUUCAAUGGCUUUUCCUAAAUGGAUCAAAGACAAACUAUUUAAUUUAAAAAUGGACUUCUCAGCCAAAGAUACAGUCUGAGAGGAGAAAAAUUAAUCUGUGUCUGAAUGAGCAAAGCAUAAGAUCAGAAGGGUAAACACUUUGAAAUAUCUUUCCCUUCCCUGUUCUUUAUGGAGUAGCCUGUGAAUUGACUGUACCAUCAUAUUUCUCAAGUGUCUUGAUAAUAUUAAGGGCUUAGAACAGACAGAUAACACAGAGAGAGUAUUGAAACCCUUGUUUUAUGUCAACCUUGUGAAGAAAUUCUAGGACUUAAGAAAUCCAGUGAGGUUAAUAUGUAUUCUUUUAAUCUAGAAAAAAAGGUUUUUUAAUGUACAAAUACACCACCAAUUAACUAUCUAAUCUAGACUAAAAAAGUCAUAAAAUCAAAGCUGACUCACUUCGUGCAUAAGAUGAGACAGUAAUUAACUCAACCUAGCCAGGGAUUUAUAUCAUGCAUCACAGAUGGAAAAUAAUACAAUGGAAGGUGUGGUGGUGUUCAGACUUGCUCAUCGGAAGGCAUUCGA